AUGAAAGUAUGUUUUGUAGUAAUUCGACAACUUCUCGAGCCGAAUAUUCUUAAUAAAGUCGUCUAUCAUCUAGUAUUACUCAGCGGUUGGCCGCCACUUGCCAUUGAAUCAAACUAUGUUUCAGAAGGUGUCAACAUCGGCCACGAUUACAAGAGAGUAGAAAACCUCAUGCGUAUGAAUUAUUUGGUGACGGAAGAACGAAGAUCCCCUGCUAUUAAUUUGUGUGUCAAGGAAGGUAUUUCACCGCAUCCACGGAAUGGCUUGGGAUUAAAAUUUAAAAAUUCGAAUAAAAAAAUCGAGUCUUUCAAUAAAAGAGGUGGAAUGGCCUUAGCUUCUGGGGUCAUUAAGCGAAAUCUUUGCACCAGGGACGAUAUCCUGAACUACAUCAGGUUAUCACUUGCAACUGCUGUGCGCAGAGACCAACUACAUGAAUCAUCUUCAACCAUGAACCUCAAAAUUUUAAUGGAUAUCCCUGUAGCCCUGAUUGACCUCAGUUCUUCUAAUGUUGGUUAUGAAUUUCAGGGGUUUAUUCUUAUUUUUAAUAAGGACAGGCAAAUGCAAGCAUUUAAAAUAAAUAAACUGAAUUUAGACUCAGAAGAACGUACCUGUCAGCCUAUGGCAACCAAGGUAGAUGAGGCCAGAAUUAUUUCGUUGGCCUUUCAGUCCUGGAGGGAUCUCAAUAUACAGGGAUUAAAAACAAAGUGCAUGGUUACAUUUGACGUACCCUUCACCACUACUACCAGCGAAUUCGAAUUUACUUCGCAGAAGGCGACCACUAACUUUAUAGCUGCUGAAGCUAUUAAGGAGGAAAUUCCUUAA